ACAAAUAGCCCUGACAUCCGUGUUACCAGACUUGUCUCGGCGCCUCAUUGAUAAUCACAGAUUCUGCCUAAAGGACUGAGGAAAAGAGCCUGCAAAAGGACAAGAAUAUCUCAGCAUGGGCAUGAGUAGCUUGAAAUUGCUGAAGUAUGUCCUGUUUUUCUUCAAUUUGAUCUUUUGGCUCUGUGGCUGUUGCAUUUUGGGCUUUGGGAUCUACCUGCUGAUCCAUAACAACUUUGGAGUGCUCUUCCAUAACCUCCCCUCUCUCACGCUGGGCAAUGUGCUUGUCAUCGUGGGUUCCAUUAUCAUGGUGGUUGCCUUCCUGGGCUGCAUGGGAUCCAUCAAGGAGAAUAAGUGCCUGCUUAUGUCGUUCUUUGUCCUGCUGCUGAUUAUCCUCCUUGCUGAGGUGACCUUGGCCAUCCUGCUCUUCGUGUAUGAACAGAAGCUGAAUGACUAUGUGGCUAAGGGUCUGACUGACAGCAUCCAGCAAUAUUACUCAGACAACAGCACCAAGGCGGCAUGGGACUCCAUCCAGUCAUUUCUGCAAUGUUGUGGUGUAAAUGGCACGAGUGAUUGGAUGGGCAGCCCACCAGCAUCUUGUCCCUCAGACCCACAAGUUAAGGGUUGCUAUGUAAAAGCAAAACUGUGGUUUCACUCCAAUUUCCUGUAUAUCGGAAUCAUCACUAUCUGUGUAUGCGUGAUCCAGGUAUUGGGGAUGUCCUUUGCACUGACAUUGAACUGCCAGAUUGACAAAACCAGCCAGGUCCUAGGAUUAUGA